UAAUGAUGAUUUCGACAAAGACCUUUUCCGGUCAUCAUCAUCGAUCAUCAUCAUCAUCAUCAUCAUCGUCGUCUUCGACAUUAAUUGCUUUGGAUGAACAACAACGUAUAAGACAACGACAACCGGCUAAAAUUAUUCAUGAAUCUAAAGAUGAUGAUAAUAAUAGGAAAUCGACAAAUAUUGGCAAUCAACCACAAUAUUUAGUAGAAACAAAAAUGAUGGAUAAUAAAUCUAUUAAAAAAUCAAAUGUAAAUAAUAAUACACAGUCAACAACAAUGUACAAUGGAUAUCAUCGAAUGAAUGGUUCAACAAUAAAUACACAAAGUGAAUCAGAAUUUGAUACAACACAAAUUAAUUUAUAUCUAAGACAGAAAAGAUUUCCAAAAAGAAUAUUACAUACACGAUCACAUUCUGUGGAUUCAUCACGUCAUCAUAGGCAAUCAUCGUCGAUGAAUAUUUUGAAAACAUUUGACCAGGAAAAUAUUUCACCCAUAUCGAAUACGACCUAUACGAUACCGAUAAAAUCGUCAACACAACCAAAAACAAUAUCAAUAUUAAAAUCGUCGAAUAAUAAUAAACGUAAUAAUCAGAUGGAAAAAUUACAAUCAACAACAACAACAACAACGAUGGAUAUUCAUCUUAAUUCUGAAGGUUCAUCAAUAUCUGGAGAAGAAUCAUCAUCCGGGGAAUUUAAUGAUUGUAAUAGUGAUGAAUUAAAUUGUAAAUUGAAAUAUCAAAAUCGAAUUGAUUACCAUGGUGACAAUAUUUCCACCCAUGUUAAUUGUAAUAGAAAAAAGCCUACAACAAUAAUGAAAUCGGUAUUGAAGAAAUCAAGUAGUGAAGAUUCGAAUACAACAACGACGACAACAAAUUCCUCAUCAUCAAGCCAUUUUACUGCACCAUUAUCAUCGUUGUUUGGUAUUACGGAUCGAUUUAGAUUUGGAAUAAAUCAACAACAAUUAAAAAAUUCCAAACAACAGCAAACGAAUUCGGCAAUCGUUUUGAAUUAUAACAACAACAACAACAACAACAGUAGCAACAAUAAAAAGAAUGUUACAUUCAGCGCCUAUGCAACAAUUCAAAUGGUCGAUACAUGAAUUUCAAUUUGAAUUUGAAUGGAUUUCUUUCUUUUUCCUUUCAAUCAAUCUAUGUAUCUAUUUCUGAUGUUAAUUAGGUUUUUAGCCAAUUUUUUUCCAUGUGUAUAAUUAAUUCAUAAAUCGAUUUUUGCUUUGAAAAAAUUUACAUUUUUUUUUUUCAUCUCAAAUUAUUAUUAUCAUCAUUAUGAUUAUGAUUAACCCUCGCCUAUAUAUACCAAUAUUUGUAUAAAUAGAAAUCGAAUGUGUUCGGAUAUAUAGAACCAUUAAAAAUACAUGAUGAUGAUGUUCUUUCUCUUAUUUGUUGUUUGUUUACUGUAAACAUGUGUUCAUAAUUAAUCAUUUGAUUUUUCAUUUCUUGUUCGAUUUUACAUCAUUUCAAAAUCUUGAAUUACAAUCACCGAAAUGCUAUCAUGUUUGCUACACACACACAUAUGACCCUAUACCCGUAAUGUUAUAUUGGCCGAUCGCGUUUCGAUUUUUUUUUUGGAUGGAUGGAUGGAUCAAGAUUUUUAUUAUCGUCGUUUUUUAAUUAAACUUUGCAACUUUCUUUCGUUCGUUUGUACAUGUGUGUAAUAAUCGACUGUUAAAUAGAAUCUAUUUAUAGAUAGGAAAAAAAUGAAAAUGUUAUAUAUGUGUGUGCGUGUAUUUGGUCAAUCGAAAACAAAAUAACUGCUUGGUACUAGAGGUGAAACAACAACAACAACAACAACAUGAACCUGUUGAAAUUUUUUUUCGGAUACCUGACGGGUCAAUUGGUCGAAAUGAAAUCGCAAAAUUUAUCUACAACCAAGAUACGAAACGAUUUUGGUGAGAAACGAAGAAAUAUUUAUAUAUUCCAGAGACAGAGCGUGUGUUUUUUUUCAUUUUCAUCAUUCAUUCAUUCAUUCCCAUCUUCUUUAAACAAUUUAAUUUUCGUAUUCGAUUUCAAAUUCGAUAAUGAUUUUCUUCCCUGGACUAUCUAUGAUGAACAU